AUGAAGAAGAAGGACAGGGCAGCCGUGCCAUGCUCGCAUGCCGAGUUUGACGCUCUUCCUGAACCAGUGCAGAGAAAGUACUUUUCAUCCCUCGAGCGCCUCCGCAUUGCAGAGCAGCACUCGCUCCUGGACCAGCCGCCCCAACACCGCGCUAGUUCACGCCGCUCCUCCACCACUCCCCAAGGUUCAAUUGCGAUCCACCGCUCGAUUCUUGCGGCGGGAUCGUCGCGGCGCCGACUCAGGAAAGCCGAGAGUCUAAAGCAGGACCGCAGCGUCGCCCAGGCCGACGCGCACUUCUUCCUCUCGCUCCCCGACAAGCUGAGGAAGUCGCAGUUCUCGCGCGAAGAGCAGGUGCUCCUGGUUGGCAGGUGCGACCAACAGCAACAGCAACAGCGACUGCCCCGCGGAACCCCCGUCCACACUGAGCGCGCCGACCAGCAUUUUGGCGGCUUCCACUUCGACUUCUACGACGACUCGGAGAGCUCGAUUGCGCGCGGCCGCUCGCGAAGACGGGCGUCGUCCCUUUCCUCGGUGAGCCCUACCAGACCGUCCACCGCCCGGACGCAGCAAGAGCAGGACCGCGAUUCCGAGAGCAGCCUGCUGUGCCUCGACAGCAUGAGUCCGCCGACCUCGUACCAGGCGGCAACGUCGAGCUUCAGACGGACCAUGUCGCUCACCAGCAUGCCCCUCCGCACUUCUACUUCGUCCGCACCGGUGGCCGCAGAGCCGCCUCUCUCUGCCCGUGCGUGGCACCAACGCGCUCACUCGCAGUCUCUGUCUGGCCGGCGUUCCUCCCACACCCCCACCCCACCAGUGUUCGACCCUGAGGCGACGCAUUACCGGGACCCCGAAGCAAGGAAAAAGCUGCGCAUGUACCUUGCUUCGCCGCAGAAAUUUGACGAGGCCGUCGAGUUUGGCUUCCCGUCUUCCUCUGGGGAUGACACCAUGCCUCCCCGCUACCAGCUGCCUCCCAUCAAGACGGAUGCCCGAAACUUCAGUCGAGACAUGCAGACCUUCCUGCGCGACGACAAGGUGUCUUUCCUCGAGGACGACGAGGAGGACAAAGGUCUGGAAUCUGAUGGCGACUCUUUGGCCGAUCUCGAAUCUCCCGUCACCCCGUCGAGCACCGGGCUCUCCUUCCGGUGCCACACGAGGCACGUGUCCUCGAAUUUCUCGUCCAUGGACUCCAACGGCCUCCCUCUGGUUCACCCAAUGGGCGGACGCCUGAAUCGCGAGAUGACUCUGAGGAUGACGCUCACGCGUCCUGACCUGAGGGCCGACGAGGAUCAGCUGUACGGCUGGCAAGCGCCGAAGGGAAGCAAAGACGACCCUUUCGCGCUCGAGGAACUCACUCUCAGCGACGACAUGACCGGUUCCAAGGGGCCGUUCUACGUCAAGCCGAAGCCGCACGGCAACCUUGUCAGCCGGCUCUUCAAGCGCGCUAGCAAGAAAGGACGGUAGAUGCCACGCCACCUGCCUCGAUGCUCACGAUCUACGAGAGACGAAAAUACCGGCUUUAAUGGAACGCUUGACGGGUAAUAGCAACAAAUCUCACGAAAGUCACGUCCGAUCACCAACGGCAUGAUCUCCUUUCUAAUUCGCCUUCUCAAAAUACCACUUUCUACCGAUUCACUUUACGAGGUACAUGUGCUGCACUUUAGCGGGCGUUCACCGGUUAUGGUCGGAGGACGAGGUGUGCUCAGCUGAGAAUACCAUUUUCCUUUCCUGUGUACGA